UUGCCAUCAAUUAGAAUGUCUUUCCAUUCAGGAAACAGAAUUCACGCCCCACCGAUCGGCGACGACAGCUGGCUGGGUUGGUUCCUGAGCCGCGCCGGCAAUGAGUUUCUGUGCCGCGUGCCCUUGGACUACAUGGAGGAUCCGUUCAAUCUGAACGGCCUGGACAAGGCGGUGACCAAUUAUGCGGAAGCUUUACAGGACAUACUCGAUAAGAACUAUUGCCUCCGCAAGUGGGUAGGCGAGGACAGCGGCAUUGAGUCCGAGUGGCUGUACGGCUUGAUUCAUGCGCGCUUCAUUCUGACACCAGCUGGCAUCGAGGCCAUGCGCAUUAAGUUCGAGCACGGCGCCUUCGGGAUCUGUCCGCGGGUCUACUGCCACGGUCAGCACGUGCUGCCAAUAGGGUCCAGCUACACCUACGACGAGUCGCUCGUAAAUAUCUACUGUCCGAGAUGCCAGGAUAUAUUCGAGCCAGCGCAGGAAAAUGCCGCGUUGGAUGGCUGCAUGUUUGGGCCAAGUUUUCCCCAUAUGUUUUUCAUGCAGCUGCCCGAAUUGCGCCCACAGCCGAGCCAAGAGAAAUAUGUGCCACGUCUCUACGGGUUUCAGCUGCACGAGAGCGCUUUGAAGCCACAACCGGACAAAGCGGACGCAGAGUCCUAGAUUCGAGGCACAAUACCAACUAAGUGUCCUUGGCAUUAAAUGUAACACAAAAGA